GUUCUAAUCACUCGCAUUUGGAUUGUCUUGUGGGAUACCAUGAACAACUUGGUAGUACUAACAGCACUGUUGGCGUGCACUGCCGCCGCCCCUCAAUACAACCGCCCCCGGGCGUCUGCCCCUGCACCACCAGGCGCCGCCCCCAAGGAAGUUCUCAUUUUGAAACAAGCUCAGGAAGUCAACUACGAUGGAUCCUUCAACUACGAUUUUGAGACAGAGAACGGCAUCGCUUCAUCAGCCCAAGGUCAGCUGAAGAACGCCGGGACAGACACUGAAGCUCUGGUGAUCACAGGGUCUUACUCUUACACCGGGGACGAUGGAGUACCUGUAGUCAUCACCUACAUCGCUGACGAAAAUGGCUUCCAGCCCCAGGGAGCUAUUCUGCCCACCCCUCCACCGGUCCCCGAAGCUAUCCAGAGAGCGCUGGACUACCUACGUUCCCUCCCACCUUCUAAGGAUGAUCAGAGGAAGUAAAUUAGAUAGAGGGUCUAAAAUAUUUGUACAUAUUGAAACAUAUGACUCAGGUAUUUCAUGAACAUUGUGAUAAGCUCAGUGAUUCUUCUCCAAACCCGAAAGUGAUAUGAUCCUCAAAGUUACCAAACUUGUCUCUGUAUACUAUAUUGUUAAUAAAUGUAUUUCAAUCUA